CUUAGGUGCUCACUGCCGCGUCGCCACGCGUCGCAAGGGGCUGGAUAGCUCUGGGCCUGUCUUCGCGCGUUCCGCACGUCUCGCACGCGUCCAAAACUGGCGCACGGCACCUAGAUCGCGUUGCCAAAAAAGCUGGCUCCCUCCAGCUCUGAAGGCAGAGAUACACGCCGGCCGCUAGACGCCCGCGGACGACAAACGAGACUCGCAGCGCUCAAAUCCACGAUAAAUAACGACGAAUGCGGGCCGCAGUAGCACCGCUGCGGCGCCUCGCGGCCAGACACCACCGCUGCCAAAGCACUGUGGUCGAGCAAGCGCGCGCCCUGCUGCGCGGCGUCGAGGAUCCCUUGCUCGGCCGCGACGUCAUUACUACGGAUUGCGUGUCCAUAGACCAGCGAGACAACAACUUGCGCGUGACGUUGGACGUGCGGACGGCCGCGCACCCACAUGCGCAUAAAAUAGCGGAACGGUGUCGCGACGCGCUCGAACACUUGCGAGGCGUCGAGGAGAUCACCAUCUCAUUACAAGCGAACGGCUUCGGGCGGUCUAUCGGAAGGCCCGCGGGCCUCGCUUCAGUAAGGUCCGCGGUCGCCGUCGCUUCUUGCAAGGGCGGCGUCGGCAAGUCGACAAUUUGUACCCAGACUGCAUUUGCUCUAGCAUCGAAGGGUGCGCGCGUGGGUGUCGUGGACGCGGACGUGCACGGGCCCUCGAUCCCGACGCAACUGAACCUCGAAGGCGCAACCAUGGAGCCGUCGCCGGCCGGCGGUCGCUUGGUGUUGCCCGUCGAGCACAACGGUGUGAGGUUUGCGUCGUUCGGGUUCAAGCGGCCCCAUUCUUCAACUGAUGAAGGCGUAAUAGCGAUGCGGGGCCCCGUCGCCGGCGCCGCGGCGCGGAGACUGCUCAAUGCGACGGACUGGGGCGAGCUCGACUAUUUACUUGUUGAUUUACCGCCGGGUAUUGGGGACGUGACGUUGGCCGUCGCGGCGGAGAUCGCGAUUGAUGGUGCUAUCGUGAUAACGACGCCGUCGAAGCUCGCGCAGGCCGACGUGGUGAAGGGUUUAGCUUUACACAGAGAGCUGGGCAUCCCCACGCUGGCCGUGGUCGAGAACUUCGCUUCCGUAUCUUGUCCCGAAUGUGGAACUAGUCAUCGCCCGUUGGGUGUUGGCCACGCGGCCGAGCUCGCGGCCUUGUCGGCGUCGGCCGACGAGGACCUGCCGGGCGUCUUUAUCUUACCCAUGGACGCUGCUUUAGCGGACGCGAACGAGCGCGGUCUAGUGGGUGAAGCGCCGCCGCACGCGUCCAUCGACGCGCUGGCGUCUUCCAUCAUACGAAAGGUCUACGCCUACCAGCACGCGAUGGUGAAUCGCCAGCUCGAUGUCUUGUAUGAUAAGAACGUGCAGCGCGUCGUCCUACGGCGGUUCACGGAGCAGGGGGCCGCGGAGACAUUUCUUAAACCGCAGGACGUCGUCGCGGCCCGGCGGACCGGCGACGUGCCCGCCGACCUGUCGCCGACGCGCGUGGCCCUCGUGGGCAACAAGAGCGUGGUCUUCGACUGGUCGGACCGCGUCCGCGACGACGUGUACGCCGUCGACGAUCUGUUGGCGUUGGCCGAGCGGCUUUCUUCACCGGGCCCUGGGCGAGCGGUUCGGGGGAAUGAUUGAUGUCUAAAAUGUUGUAUUUAUUUCGUGCGACCCCAGGGGCCCCUUCUAGUAGUCUAAGUCGGCGUCUUGUGCGUCAUUGGCAUUGUGUGUGUACAUAUAGACACCCGCAUUCCAGCAAUUGCGCAAACCGUCGUGGCUUGAGCUCAAGUAAUCAGUCCCAUCAUCCCCGGGCCUGGCUACGGCACCGUUUCUGAGACUGCAUCUCCACUGCUCGAGACGCACCAAUAACGUGGGGAAACGGUUGGGAUGACUCCCGCUCUUAAACAACUUUUCCAAGAUAACAGUAUCACCCCGGACAUCAAUAAUUUUGUGCCAUUGAUCCAUCCCCACUCGGACUCGGGCCGCUCGGUUAAGGUCGAAGUCACUUCCCGAGAGGUUGACAAAACAAUUAUCGUCGCGUAGACGUAAGACCUCCCGACGCAGCGCGGCCAAUUUGCCGAGGCGCCGCCGCCGAUAGAGCACCCCACUGCGUUGGAUCUCUUCGUUCGCCGCGUAGAGUGCGCACCCGUUUUUCAUCCACGGCGCCAAAAACUCAAAGAGGGCGUGAUCGCAGGCGGCCAUUAGCGCCGCCGGCGCGAGGUGGGAAGUCCGUACGCGCGCUCGGGUGCGCGGCCGGUCGGACGCCGCGGCGGGAGCUGAAUCCAUGAUGCAAUUUAGUAGGGUUAUUGGCCGAGGUCGAUUCGUAUAUUAGCGAACCGAUCGGAUUCUGGGCUAUCUCAAGCACAUCCACCGUGGCGGCCGCGGUGGCUCGCGAAACCGCCGGGCUCCCGCGCACAGCUGCGUAAAAUUGCGGGCUAGCGGCAUGUAACACACUAGCAAGGAAGGAGGACGGCCGCCGCGGACCAUACGAGCUUGUAGCGCGCUUAGCAGACGUGCAAAUUGCUCUACGGCUCGCCUUUUUUGUUGCUGAGGACCGCUGGCUGGUUUGUGCUAGCGCCGGCACCGCGCGCGCGCCUAAGAGGUCGACCCGCUGAGUCGCCGCCGCCGCGAUGGCGCGCCGCUACGACGCCAACGUCACAACCUUUAGUCCGGAGGGCCGCCUCCACCAGGUCGAGUACGCCGUGGAAGCUAUCAACAACGCCGGCACCGCCGUCGGUCUGUUGGCCACGGACGGCGUCGUCAUGGCGGGAGAAAAGCAAAAAGUAACUAAGUUGCUGGAACCCCCCAAGUCCUCCGAAAAAAUCUACAAGCUCGACGACCACGCCGCUACUGUAGUAGCCGGCCUGACCGCGGACGCAAAUAUACUCAUAAACGCGGCAAGAGUCGCAGCAGGACGCUACAAGUACCAGUACGGCGAGCCCAUGCCGGUAGAACAACUAGUAUCCAAAGUCUGCGACCACAAGCAGCUCUACACGCAGUACGGCGGCCAGCGGCCGUUUGGGGUCAAGUUUCUGUUCGCAGGGUACGACUCCCACCACGGCUACCAGCUCUACCUCAGCGACCCCUCCGGCAAUUACAGCGGAUGGCGCGCGACGUGCAUGGGCCAGAACGCCAAUAGUGGACAGGGCGUGCUGAAGGCCGAGUACGAGGAGACGAUGGACUCGGACGCGUGCGUGAAAUUAGCGCUGAAGGUCCUGAACAAGACCAUGGAGUCCUUGAGCGCGGAGAACAUCGAUUUAUUCGCACUGAAGCGGAAGGACGACGGGACUAUGAUUCAUGAAGUGUAUGCGAAUGAUGUGGUUGCUGCUUUAUUAGAGGAGGUCAAGGCCGAGCAGGAGGCGGCGGAUGCCGAGAAGGAGCGGCUCGCGUCCGGUGGGCCGGCGGCGAAGUAG